UUUGUCCGUGUGUAAGUGCGGUGCGUUCUGUGGAAAUAAUUGUAAUUAUUAAUAUACAUAUUAAACAUUUCUGAAAAGUUCUAACAUUUGUAAAGAAAAAAAGUAAUAUGGCCGAUGUUAACGAUUCUAAUGGAAACUAUGACAACGAAGAUGAGAUUACGGAGCCAGAGCAGCUACGCAAGCUGUUCAUUGGCGGCCUGGAUUACCGUACCACAGACGAUGGUCUCAAGGCACAUUUUGAGAAAUGGGGCAAUAUUGUUGACGUGGUGGUUAUGAAGGAUCCCAAAACGAAGCGCUCUCGUGGUUUCGGCUUUAUUACCUAUUCGCAGUCGUACAUGAUCGACAAUGCGCAGAAUGCUCGACCUCACAAAAUCGAUGGGCGCACCGUUGAGCCGAAACGAGCGGUACCUCGCCAGGAGAUUGACAGUCCUAAUGCUGGCGCCACAGUCAAAAAGCUGUUUGUUGGAGGUCUGCGUGAUGAUCAUGACGAGGAAUGCUUGCGUGAGUACUUCAAGGACUUUGGCAAUAUCGUAGGCAUCAACAUCGUGUCAGACAAGGACACUGGCAAGAAACGUGGUUUCGCUUUUAUCGAAUUUGAUGACUAUGAUCCAGUUGACAAGAUUAUCUUGCAAAAGAACCACAGCAUUAAGAAUAAAAUAUUGGAUGUGAAGAAAGCCAUUGCCAAACAGGACAUGGAUCGGCAAGGCGGUGGUGGCGGCGGCGGUGGAGGUGGCCGCGGUGGACCCGGCGGUCGUGUUGGAGGUGGCCGUGGGGAUAGAGGCAACCAAGGUGGCGGCUGGGGCAACAACCGUCAAAACGGUGGUGGUAACUGGAGUGGCUCCGGAGGUGGCGGUUUUGGCAACAACGGCAAUUUCGGGGGCAACCAAGGCAGCUGGAACCAACCAAGCGGACCGUGGAACAACCAGGGCAAUAGCGGCUGGAACAAUGGCGGCGGUGGUGGUGGCGGCGGCUAUGGGGGCAAUGCCAAUGGAAACUGGGGAGGUAAUAAUGGUGGUAGCUUCGGCAAUGACUACCAACAAAGCUACGGCGGUGGCCCUCAGCGAAACAACAACUUUGGCAACAACCGACCGGCACCCUAUAAUCAAGGUGGUUUUAACAAGGGUGGCAACCAGGGUGGUGGUGGCGGCGGCCAGGGAGGCUUCGGUGGUGGAAAUAACUACAACACUAGCGGCGGUGGAGGCCAAGGAGGCAAUAUGGGCGGUGGCAAUAGACGUUACUAACCUAACCCGAGGUAAACACAUACAGAAUCAGUUCAUGCUAGACAAACAAACAGUCUAGGAACAGGCAGGCAGGCAAAUACAGAGACAGAGAGAGUGAAAAACAGUGGGCAAAUCAGGCAGACAAAAUACAAAAAAAAAUCUAAGAACAAGCAUAUACAGAAAAUGAAGUUCAGGCAGUCGGCAGAGAACUCAAGGCCAGCCCAAUCAAGAUAAAUUACAUUAAUAAUUUUAAAAAACUCCCAGAAAAUUUAAGAAAUUUUGCAUAAGAUCAACAAACAAAAAAACAAAAAGAUAAAGAAAAAAAAACUCCACCUACCAACAAAUGUUAUUUGUCCUAUCUACAUUAAUUCAAUGAUCACUUCAUGUUUAGGAUAUUAAGAACCCUGAAACGCUUAGAUUUAACUGCAUUAACAAACGAAAAAAGAUCAGUAAAACAAGAAAUAUACUAAACUAUACAUUUUAAUUUAAAACUGACUAUUGAAAACCGAAGCAGAGCGCAAGAGAUCUUCCGUUUAUGUGCGAAGAGCUUGUUAUCGCGUGUGGAUUGGGAAAUCCAAUUGCAAAUGGCAAAAAGGUAGUGUACCUUGCAUCUUAAACUAGCUUAUUUUCGUAAUGGGCCAGUUUUACUUUCUUUCCACUCAUUAUUUUUUGUUGCACUGAUAUGAUGCAACCCUUAAAAAAUAUCUUUAUAUAUAGAAAUGUAUUUUGUAAUAUUUUUUGUACUCUUAAGCAUUUUUUAUAUAAUUUAAUUUAUGAAACACGGCAGCGGUUAAGCGAUAAUCAUGUUACAACCCUAUAUUCUGAUGAUACAGCGAAUGCGCCUAAAUAUAAUUGUGCAUAGACAAUUUUGAUUAUAUAAAGAUUUUACACACAUAAUUUUUCUAACAUGCCGACUAAAAAUAUAUAGACCUUUACAUACCAAUCCUGUUAGCGUAUAAGUAACAACAGCUACUAUAAAAUUCAAAUAUUGGUUAAAGAUACCGAAAAUUACUGUAAUAGUGCACUACGAGGUACAGAAAGCCAAAAGAAAUAAAACAAAUUACGUUA